CCAGAACGCUGGGAUCACGCCCUGAGCAGAAGGCAGACGCUUAACAACUGAGCCACCCAGGCGCCCUUAGACGUCAUCUUUUUUGAGGAACCAGCCUCCCCCUGAACAACGGUCCUCUUCCACCGUGCGGAAAAGUUACUGUGUCACGGACAAAUUUUUGGAGAUACUCACUCCUCCCCCCACCUCUAGGUAUACAUGAAUCAAGUGUGCAAGGAUGUCCUCUCUGGUCCCCUGGACUCUGCCGUGCAGCUGGCUGGACUGAGACUGUUAACAAACAUGACGGUUACCGAUGACCACCAGCACGUGCUGAGCUGUUACGUCCCAGACUUGUUGCGCGUGCUGCUCGCCGGAAAUGCGCAGACCAAGGUGCAAGUUCUGAAACUGCUUGUGAAUUUGUCUGAAAAUCCAGCCAUGGCAGAAGGACUACUUGGUGCCCAGGUAAACAGCUGACAUUUUC